GAAGGGCGGGGCUUGCAUCGGAAGUCCCGCCACCUGUCGGGUCACGCGGGAGGGGCUGGCGAGCGCAGGAAUCAUGGCACUCUGGCGGGCAUACCAGCGAGCCCUGGCUGUUCACCCAUGGAAAGUACAGGUCCUGACAGCUGGAUCCCUGAUGGGCCUGGGUGACAUUAUCUCACAGCAGCUGGUGGAGAGGCGAGGUCUGCAGGAACACCAGACUGGCCGGACCCUGACCAUGGUCUCUCUGGGUUGUGGCUUUGUGGGCCCUGUAGUGGGAGGCUGGUACAGGGCUUUGGACUGGCUCAUCCCUGGCACCACCAAGGUAGAUGCACUAAAGAAGAUGCUGUUGGAUCAGGGGGGCUUUGCCCCUUGUUUUCUAGGCUGUUUCCUCCCACUGGUGGGAGCACUCAACGGACUGUCAGCCCAGGACAACUGGGCCAAGCUACGGCGGGACUAUCCUGAUGCCCUCGUCACCAACUACUAUCUCUGGCCCGCUGUGCAGUUAGCCAACUUCUACCUGGUCCCCCUUCAUUACAGAUUGGCUGUGGUCCAGUGCGUUGCUGUUAUCUGGAAUUCCUACCUGUCCUGGAAGGCUCACCGGCUCUAGGCCUCGCUCCGUUGCCUGCACUGGUGAUGAGCACACCGAAGUCCAUAGAAGUGAGGUGACCUGGCCGCACCACUAACCAGUGGCAGAGUGGACACUUGAACCCACAGUCUGUAGAUGAAUGUUUGGAUCCCUUCCAAAAAUCAUGCUAAAAACCUAAUGCCCGAAGUGAUGGCAUUAGGUGGUAGGGCCUUUGGGAGCUGAUUAGGGGUGAAUGCCCUUCUAGAGCAGCCCCAAAGAGCCUCACCCCUCCACCAUGUGAGGACACAGUGAGAAGGUGCUCUCUAUGCAGGUCAGCAAGUGGGUUCUCACUAGAGAAUCAGCGCCGUCAGCUUGGACCUCCCAGCUUCUAGAACUGUGACAAAUAAAUGUUUGUUUAUAAGACA